ACAGUGGAGAAACGCUUUUGUUUGUGAGUGGUCACUUUGCCCAUGAGAUCGCAUAUAGACUUUUCUUCCUAUCUUCACGAGAGUGCGUUCGUUUACGUGGACUUGACAUUGAGUCGGGUUGACUGAUUUUCUUUUAAUCCAAUUUUCUUUUUCGGAAUUCUUCCAACAAAUCUGGGCCUUUUUGCAGCAAGCUGAUAUCUAAAAAGCUACCAAAAGAUCUUGGACAUUUGGUAGAUAGGACAUCUAUCACUCUUGCCGUAUAAUUUUUCAUAUUUUGGUGGAGGUGGAUGAUUUCCGUGUUAUCAUCUGACGAUGAUAGUUUGGUGUUAAACCUGAAUUUUGAUACAUUUUGAUCUGCUUAGUUUAGCACAACAGGUUGAGCCAGGAUGGUGGAUAUUUCUGAGGUACCCUUAACUCCGGAUAAACUUUCACCCCUUAGUGAUGUCAGCAACAACAACGAAGAGGAUCUUUCGGUCUUGAAGCUCCCACCCUCCAAGAGAUGGAGAGGAACGUUUCACAACAAUAAUAACAGCAGCAGAUGCACUGACCUUGAAGCUCUUUCACCUUCUGCAGAAGAGACAGACUCACGACAGGAUUCUCAGAGCCAGAACAACAGUCGCAGGUCUUCUGCAGACAUGGACAUACAUAUCCACCCAAGUCACUUUGACAUGGGAAAGUUUCCGCAUCACAUGAUGCCACCCCCACCUCUUCUGGUCGUCCCAAGCCUCGUCCCAAACCAGCCACAGAUGCCCCCAAGGACCCAGGACAGUUUUUUCUUGAAAAGCCCUCAUGGACCUCAUAUUGCCAGGGUAGAGUCACCCAUGUCAACCCUCAGUCCGUUUUCUGCUCUGUCCUCUCCGGGUACAACCCCAAGGAUGUCUCCUCUGACGUCUCUUCCGACGCCGGUAUCUAGUGGCUUCUUGCCGUCACCGAUGACAGCGGGUACUUUCCUCUUCUCUCCUUUCUCGGCAGGUCCGGGAAUCCCCACCUCGACAACGCCAACCCACUUCCCUUUUCCGCCACACCUUCCAUUCCAAACCCAGCAUCUCUUGCGAGAGGCAAACAGUGACCCAAAGUUACGAACUCAAUCCGAGGGGGAUGCUGCAUCCCUCAAGUCCUCGGGACUGGACAGUCAAGGUCAUAGUGAAGAAAGCAAUUCAGACGAAGAUGAGUCAUUGAUGCUCUGCAGCAUAUGCUGCGACAAAGCCACAGGACUCCACUAUGGCAUAAUCACUUGCGAAGGGUGCAAAGGGUUCUUUAAGAGGACAGUUCAGAACAAACGUGUAUACACAUGUGUAGGCAAUGGACAAUGUGAAGUAACAAAGGCACAGAGGAAUCGAUGCCAGUACUGCCGUUUUCAGAAGUGUCUUCAUAUGGGCAUGAUGUUAGAAGCGGUACGAGAGGAUCGCAUGCCUGGAGGAAGAAACACAGGAUUGUCAUAUAAGCAGUGCAAACCAAAGAACUAUGACAAGCUACGCAAGAAGUUUCAGCUGAUGGCACAGCAGAAGGCGCAGCUGAACCGGAAGACGAGGGCUGAAAAGCAGGCCCUGAAAGCGGCAAGGGAGGCCAUGAAAGCAGAGAGAGAGUCCAAGGGUCUGAAAGGAUCUGGAGGAAGUUCUGGAGGUGGGGGAAACAACGGGGGUGUGUCCGGGAAGCAGGGUGGUGGAGGAGAGGUACGUACUCUCAAGCCUCAGACUGCGCAGCUAAUUGAGGUCCUCCAACAAACAGAGUCGGCCGUUCUCAAGGUUGCAGAAAAGGAAGGUGUCAAUCUCAAAGAACACAGGUACUCUGACCUCCCUGCCAGCAUGGAGCUUGAUGAUUUCCGUCGUCUUCAGUGCCGUCUCGGAGAAGAACUGGUGUUCCACCUUGUCCAAUGGGUGAAGCACCUGCCUUUCUUCACCCAACUCUCAGCUGUAGAGCACACCCAUCUUCUCAAAACCAAGUGGUUGGACUUGAUGCUCCUAUGUACCAUCAGCCGGGCAAUGCACUUCAAGCAGCCCCUGGUUAACAGCAGUGCGUCCAACAGCGGGAGCAUGAAUGGUAAAUCCGGUGGCAGCGGUGGGAUGGAUGUCGGGCUGAGCUUCGAGCAGUGUGCCCACAAGAAUCUACUCCUCCUGCAGGAAUGCAUGAACAAAACGCUUGACCUGAGGCUUGAUAUGGAUGUCUUCAGGGAUGAGAUGGGCGAGGUUGUGGAGAAGGUUACCAAACUUGCGGCUUCUUUCAGGACACUAGGGGUCACUAGGAAUGAGUAUCUCCUACUCAAGGUCAUCCUGUUUCUUGAUCAAGCAGGAAAGCCAGUCAGUGAACAGAUCCGAUCAGUCCAGGAGCCCUACCUCCUGGCAUUACGGGACUUCAUGGAAGCCAACAACCAACCCGGUCGCUUCGAUGACUUCCUCUCGCAGCUCCCUGAGCUCCAUGCAAGCUCCAAGCUCCUCCUACAUAGCAAGCUCCUCUACAUGCCGUAUCUGUUGAAUGCUAUCGCUGGAGUCGGUCCCAACGGAGCUACCCCAUCGGCCCUUUCUCCAUCAUCAUAGCAACUGAAGAGACUCUCAAGAACUGUGAAAUCUGUUGCCUACUGGAACUAGGUGAUCCCUGUACGAAGUCUCCAGGAAUUGCAGGAUUCAGUAGUUAAUUGGUUAGGAGCAUAGAUAGGGAUCUCCUGCGAGCUUGGCCCCGGCUUACUGAACAACUCUGUUAUUUACCUCCAGUCCUCGACCUCCCACCUGAGACUGGACAUUGUUAUGUUGCCAUAGAAACUGUUAAGCAUCUCGUGAUGUAUGAUGUCAGCUUUCCAUAGCAACAUGUUCAGACUACUGGUUGGAUAACUUGAGCGUUGUUGGCAUACCUCAUAUUGUCACGCCCAUCUACAAGCCCCCCUCUAAUCCUUCAUGUAGCCCACCAGGUGCAAUGACAAGGGUCAAUGCCCUAAUGAUGUAACCACCACACCCUCCACCAACCCCCCCAUACCAGGCAUUUAGCACCGAUCUGUACCCCAUUCUCUACCUCCAGCGUGCUAGUUCAAGGGGUAUUGGUAGCAACGGGUUGCAAUGUAAUACAGGGUAGCGGGGGAUGGUGGGUGGAGGAAAGGUCAAAGGUCAUUGUGUAACUUGUAAAAAGAUUACAAAGAGAAAUCAUAUCCCAGAACUCUCAAUCCCAUUGAAGCAUAUGUAGAUAGAGAUCCUAUGAUAAUUGUCAGUACUGUUUUAUAUAUAAUAAUAUAGAUGAAUCCUCCAGAGAGUAAAGUGUUUUUCAGCUGUUCUCAGCUUGACAUGUCAUGUGAUAGUAAGUCGUAAUGCUUUUCUCAAGAUUCCUCACUGAGAAAUAGAAUAUAGCUUAUUUAUUGAAUGCGAUUCAAAUAAUGAGGGGAUUUUUUUUCUUCCAUGUUUUCUUUGUAAGAAUUUCAUGGGACUUUACUUCGUGAAACAUAUUCUUUAUAUUCAAAAUGUGAAGAGUAAAAAAAAAGAAAUGGAGAAAUGCAGUAAAAAGUAAAUAAAGGUGCAAUCCAGUGAUAUCUCGUGUUGUCAAACAACAAUUCUAUUUAUGAUUCGUGCUUGUUGAUAGAUAUUUUGUUUAUGUCUUAUUUGUUUUUAUUAUACCAUGUUGAUACAUGACAAAGUGUAUGUGCUCUAUUUGGCUUCAGGCUCUCGACAGCAAUGGUCCUUUAAUGUUCUAUCUUUGGGACGUAUGUGUCUUGAUUUUCCCCAUGCUUAUGAUGCGUAUCCACUAAAAGAUUAUAUCCCUUUUUAACCAUUUAUUGUUAUUAGAAAUUCUGGUGUAUUACAUUGUAUUUCAGUGUAAUCGUCCUUCCCACCUUGAAAAAAUAUAUUUUCGCUAUUUUAACAUCAGAAGAGUAAAAUACAGGUAUUGGUUCUAAAGAAAAUGAAUAAUCUGGUUUGUGAAAAGCUUCUCUUCCUUUCAGACAGUUGGUAAAAAUUGUCACUUGUCUAAAAAAAGUUUUAUGGCAAUCUCUGUGUAAUCAUUCAAGAAAGUUUGACAUUCGAGAAUGUCAAAUCUUUUGGGGACCCCAGAUAGCUGUUUAACUCAGGAGAACUUUGACUAAGAAGAGAUACAUGUAUAUACAAUGCAUUUGUAUGUCAUUAUGAUUAUCUAAGAAGUUGGUUUGACCGUGGCAAAUAUCUGACUUUACAAUUGCCAACUCUUGCACGUGAACCCUUUCUUGCUAUUAACAUCCUAGUGAGAAAAAGUGACUUUCGUCAUCAGAUUAAAUUACAGCAUAUAAUUCCUUUCAAUCUCGUAAGAUAGAGGGUCUGCACCAUAAUGAUAUUGAUUUUUGUCUUGUGAAUGUGUGUGUCAGUCUUUGUUAGAAUAUAAGCACUUGAUCAUUGAAACUAGAUGAGAGCUGGUCUCUCUGAUAUAUCACCAAAGUUGAGCAACGCAAGGUCCAUCAGCCCAUCAGUAUAUUUUCAUGUUUACAACUGCUUUGCGUUGUCAGUUGAACAACUUUGUGGUAUAUAUUGAUGAACUCCUUCAAAUAAUUGCUGUUAAAGUAGUGUUCUAAUAGGCCAUAUAUAUUUUCCUGAUGGUCAGUUGGCUGUAAUAUAUUGUGCAUAUACAUUUGUUUCCUUCCUCUUAUUAAUGAAUUCACUAAAUGGAUUCCCCAUAUUUGAGUUGGCUAGAUAUCUGCAAUUCUUUGAAGUGUAGCAUUGAUUGUUUUUUGUUCAAAGAGAUAAAAAUCAUACUUUUGAAAAGUGUGGCAAAAUUCAGUAAAAAUGGAAUUAUCAGAAUUUUGUUAGGAUAUUUGAAUUGAAAUUUAUUAUGAAAAUCUUAAAGCUUCCCAUUCCAGAAUUGUGCACUUGAUAUUAUUUCAAGUAUUAUUCGGCAAUGUCAAAACAAUUAAAUACGAAAGAAAUAAAAUUUAAUGAAACGAAAAUCAUUUUAAAAAGACAGACAUGAAACAUAUCAGAAGAACCCUAGAGUGCAAAUACUGGCUGCCCGGGAGGGAAAGAGAAGAAAGAGAGAAAACUUGUGUAUUUUAUCAUUUUCUUAAAAGAAAAUAUGUUGAAACUGUUCUUUUUACAUAUUUUUUCAAAGAUAUUCAUUCACCUUGUUGCAAUAUAAGAAAACCAUGGAAGAAGUUUGACUAUAAAAACCAAGGAACAAGGGAAUGAGAAAGACAUCAUAAACUAGCAUCCGUCCUCAUUUCUGUUAUCCCCAGGAAAUUGACUUUGGGAAGUUGGAAGUAUCUUAGCACUACCUGUGUUCCUGUAUGAUUAAAUCCGUAGGUAUUUGACUUGUAUCUUUAGACAUGUCCUUAUUAAACUAUGGUGCAACGUGAAGUCUAAGCAUUACUUUGGGGGGAAAUGCACAAAAGUGCUUUAGCAAUAUGCAGGAAGUAUUUUGUGUGAUGUGAAUUCUGUUUUUCUUUGGUAAUUAGCAUUAAUGUCAUUAUCUUAGAGAUCUGAGAUGUGAUUACUGUACAAGCUGUUUUAUGUUUUUGUGUCAAAACUGCUUUUUUACACCCAUCCAAACACUGGUGUUCUUCUGAAUGGGAAUCCUGCCCAGAUCAGAAAAUACCAGAUUAAUUUACCAGUGUGAAAGCAAAGUAAGCAAGAAAAUAUCCUGAGAGAAUAGAUGCUUUUCAAUUUACUUGAAGGCACAUAUUUCUUAAUGUUUGUGGCUUGCGAUGAUAUUUGACGUUUGAAAGCAAAUUACAAGAACUCGAGUCUUUUUUGGAAGCUUAAUAAAUGAGAAUUUUAUCUUGAACAAGUGGGCAGAAAGUAUCAAAUGGUUUUUUUCUGGAGGGAGGGUUGAUUCUUGACUUCUUUGAAUUAACUGGUAUUUUUGGUGUUUGUAUGAGUGUAAAAGCUCCAAGUGGAACAAAGUUUGUGUCGAAAAAAAUGAAAACCCACCGUAACUCGGAGUAUUAAAUAUCCAAAGAGAGUUUUGUAAAUGCAGAAAUUUUAUUGUACAGGAUAUUCAUGCAGAACCCUAAUAAUACAAGUGCUUUAAAUGAUUAAAUGUUCAAUCUUUGUUUGUCCUCAUGUUUUAUUUAUUUGUUUUGGGUUUUUUGUUAUUUUUUUUUUGGCUUUUCUUGUUUGUUGAUUUCAGAAUUAUUUUAUUUUCUCACAUGGCCUUUACUUUGCAUUACUUGGAAUUAAUUUACCCCCAAAGGUUUCAAACUAUACCUCGGUUAGUUUUAAUUUCUUCAUCUUCACAAUUGAUUUACUUUUGUUUUAAUGAUUCAUUUACAAGAUAGAAAAGGAUAACUUCUGUUUUAUCUCUUUUUGUGCAAAUCAACAUUUUUUUUUAACAUAGUGUGCUCUAUACAGAUUUCUCCAUUUUGUAUUCAAUUCAUGUAAGAGCAUGUGACAAUAUAUACGUAUGACUCUUUGAAAUGUUCUAAUACAAUAAAAAAUUACUCUACUGAUAUUCAUAUUGUUAUAAAGUUAUGUCAUACUCGAGCAUGUCGGUAUGAAAAUACAUGUGGAUGGACUAAAUAAAAUGUUAUAUGAAUGUUCGGAUUGGAUACAAAUGUAUUGUACAGCAAGUUUGUAUAUACAUAUAUCUAUGUAAUAUGUAUAUAUAUGAAAACUUCUAUGUCGCAAGAUUAUGUCUCUGUCUUUAAUCAUGGUUUACUCUAGGCCUCAAAAAAAGUUUUACAAAAAUUGUAACUUGUUAAUGUGAUUGGGUUAAAUUGAGGGGUUAUCAAGGGCAUGCAGAUCAAAGUAUAAUGUGGAGUCUCGCAAAACUUUGCCAUUACCACUAAGCUACAAAUAUAUUUCAAAGUUAACUACAUGUAAUCGCAGUGUGCAAUUGAUCAUAGCAGAAAGCUUCAAAUUGUCAUUAAUCUUGACUAGACCAUCCUACAUACAUGUGCAUACAGAUGAACAAAAGUUGUAAAGCAUAUGAAUCUAGACUGAACCACCCCCCCCCCCCCCCCCCGUACAUUGAAAAUUGCUGGCAUCAGUAGUGUAUUAACUUAGAGGGGACCCAUCAACCCAACAAAAUGCCAUGCUUCUAAGCAAUAUUGCUCAUUUACUUCCAGAAUCAUUUAUCACACCUUUUUAUUCAUACAUACAAACCGUUCGGUUGUAAUUUUUUGGAGGUGUGGUGGAAUUAUUUUAUGAUUGUCGCUAUUUGUAAUUGGAAUUGUUUAGUCAUUUGGUUCUGACAGUCCAAUUCUUCCUCCUGUUAAAAAAAAUUAUUGACUUUCUCCCAUGAUGUUUCAUGAUGAAGAUUCUACUAUUUCUGACGGGAAUGUACUUCUUUCUUAAUUUGUUUAUGUUUAAACCAGAAGUCUAUUAACAUUAGCCCAUAUUCUGAACCUGGGCUGAGGCUUACGAUGCAUUUGUCAAAUAUCAGGCAAAUCUCUAACAGUAAAUGUCUAAUGCAUCAGCAUAUUUGGCAUAUGAAUUAUUUAAAAAUUGUCUGGACAUGAUAGCUAUGAAAAUUUUAUCAUAUAAAGAGUAAGAAAUGAACCCAGUUAUUACUCUUAGUGAAGUGUAAACUAAAGUUUUGACUACCCGUAAUUUUACCACAGAAUUUAAUUGACAAGUAGCCAAAGUUAAGAAUAUAGGCCUUUUGAUUUUAUGUAGAGUUAUUAUCAUCUAAAGCUUAAAGAGAUAGAAUAUAACAAUUUUCCACCAAAAUUGUAUUAAUUGGUGAGGGUUACACAGCAUUAUAUUCAGUUUCCUUGUGGAAAUCUGACGAACUUUGUGAUAAAUGUAAUGGAGACAAUCAGACCUCGUAUUCUGUAAAGUGUACAGUUUUUGUCUGGAAAAAAUACAUUAUAUAUUUCUUGUCACAAUACAGUACAAUGAAUGUAUUUAUGAAGAUUUAUAUGUCUUUUUUUUUCUCAAGUGAUUUAUUUUCAGUCGAUGUAUACAAGUGUCAGAGUUUAAUGUACAAAGAUGUAGAAAGUCUUCAAUUCAUUAAGUUAUUAUUUAUUUUGAUCUAGUGGGAUUCGAAGCAAUUUGAGGUAUUUACAUAUAUCAGUCUCAUGUCUUAGACCUUGUUCAAGAAAAUUUAUUUUGCUGGGUCUAAACCGUUGGUUUUACUCAUUUCAUUUUUGAAUUGUUCGUCAUUCCAAAAAUCUAUAUUUCUUAUGAAUAUGUUUAAUAGAGUGAAACAAAUUUGUUUUCAGUGUUUAGAUCAGGAUUGUUCACUUCGUCAGGGGGUUUUGUCAGGUUUUCCUGGCAUUGUCUUGAUGAACAGAAAUUAUUCAGAAAAGAAGCAAAUUUGAAGGAAUGAAAAGAGUGUUUGUAAAUUGAAAAUGGUGUGCGUAAAAAAUAAAAUUGUAUUGUGUGUUCAUUGAAACAAAGACGUGCUUCACCUUUGAUUUAUUUGCUUUUUAUUUGUUGACAUUUUGGUAUGGAAGAUCAUUAGAUGAUCUGUUGAAGGGAUUUAAAUAAAUCAAUAUUGAAUAGU